AUGGAGAAAGUUGAUGUCUCGCCAUCUUCUAUUCGCCACAUAAUUGGUAAAAAUGGUGAUAACAUUAAAGAUAUUGAAACUCGUUCAGGUGCAACAUGCAUUGUGCAGGAAAAUCAAGUUAUCAUCACAGGUUCUGAUGAUGAACGCCAUAUUGCUCGUAACCUCCUUCAAAAUUGUAUUGAAAAUUCCAUCGUAGUCUACCAUCAUCCGGACAAUGCGGUUGUUGCUCUUCGACCACCGUUAAACGAACUAAAAAGUUUAUUGUUUACGAGAUAUGAAGGAAUUGUAAGUAUUAGCAACAUUAAUAAACCUUAUUUUGUUUUGGAUGAAGGCGAAAGGAUGAAAAGGAAGAAUGACGACGAUGACCAUAUUUCGCUGAAAAGUCUGGCAAAUAGAUCAUUUAUCGCUCCCAAAGAAGAUAGAGUCUUGAUCUUGCUUAUUGCGGAACAACUCAUGGAAGAGGUGACCAAAUCUCAAAUUGAAUCUCUUAGCUUCAAGGUUCGAGCAAACAUCGGAAAACAACUUUUUUAUCCUGCCAAUAAAGGAGAAUCCCACCUUCCAUCUUCGAUUCUUCUCAGUGAAUUACUUGAAUAUAAAAUUGGUUACAAACGUGAUAUUAAAACUACGUUUACGAACUUUCUUCCUGAAAGUUUGGUAAAAUCAGUAGAGCAACGUCUUGAAGAAGUGGGAUACAGAGAAUACAAUGAUGUAUCUGAAGUCCCGAGAGCCUCUGUCCAUCUUCUUGAUACCGAGAACAAGAGACGUUUUACUAUUUCUAUCGAAGUCAUGCCAGAUAAUUGCCUUAAAAUUCUCAAAUAUCGUCCGGCAAAUAAAAAGCAUCUUUUCGUCUCCUUUGCCAGGCAAAAAUCUGUUCCGGAUUUUCGUCUUAAAUUCUUUUCAAAAGGGCCACAUGAAGAAUUGGUAACACCAAAAAUCAGUAACUUCAUCAACAAUGCUAUCUACAAUCCAUCCAAAAAGAACAUCAAGUUUCCGAAGAAUACCAGUUAUCGCGUCUCGACGGUUCGUGUGAAAUUUAAACGCAAGUUUUAUGACGACACUAACAAAACUGGAAUAAAAGUGACGAUUUCAGAGAUAUUUGAAGACGGAACGAAAUAUAUGCAAGUAACUGCAACCAGUUUGGAUUUACAUGAAGUAUUGAAUAAUAAUAAGGAUAUAGAGGAAUGCAAAGAAAAGAUGAGGUUGUUCAUUAAUGAAAUGAAUAAUAUCGUGCAGAAUAUAA